GGGCAAUAUUGUGUGUUUUGUUCAAAACUUGACAUCUAUAUGACGAAGGUUAUUCAUGAUCCUCGAUGUACAUGUCUCUCUUCACUGUCCCCAACUUCUUCUUUUUCUACAUUUCGAGAAAAAAAUUAAAGCUUGAAAAGGGACAAUGGGCGAUAACGGGGAGUUCAGGUUGGCGUCUUCAGCAAUAGACCACGAAGGAAGGUUGCCGAGAAAAUACACAUCGGAAGGGCAAGGAGCGCAGAAGAACAAAUCUCCGCCUUUGGAAUGGUACAAUUUACCUGAAGGGACCAAGACCCUGGCUCUUGUGGUGCAGGACAUUGACGCACCGGACCCCAACGGCCCGAUCGUGCCGUGGACCGUGUGGGUGGUUGUGAACAUACCGGCUACCUUGAAGGGCCUCCCCGAAGAUUUCUCUGGGAACCAACAGGGGCUUGGUGGUGAUUAUGCAGCUAUUCAAGAGGGAAAUAAUGACGAAAAAGUCCCUGGUUGGCGUGCCCCUACUUUGCCUUCACAUGGCCACCGCUUUGAGUUCAAGCUCUACGCUUUAGAUGACCAUUUGAACCUCGGCAAUAAGGCGACAAAGGAGAAGCUGUUAGAAGGAAUAGAAGGACACGUGCUGGGAGAAGCCGUAUUAAUGGCGGUCUUCUGAUUACAAAACAACUCUGCUUUUUCUACUCUUUCUUUCUUUGUUCCCUCUCAGUCUUACUCGUUAUCUGAUUACUUGUAUUUUGUACAUUAGAUCAACAAUUUCCUUUCUUAAUAAGAGAUCAAAAUGACACUUUUUUUUUAUC